GGGCGGCGCAUGAGCGCUGCGAUCGCUGCCGCCGCCUCCUCCUCCUCCAUUUGCGCUGCGCCCGCCGAGCCCAGCCGAGGGUCGCUUCUUCGCCGCCGCUGCUGCAUCCUCGCCGCCGCCUCCUCCGCCCGAGGGAAAAGAACUUCCCGCCACCAUGACGAAAGAUGACUCCACUGAGCUCCCUUCCGAGGAAGACCACCAGGCACUGGAAUUCCAGAGCCCAACCUUGGAGAGGAGGAAGAAGCCCAUCGUCCACCCUUCAGCCCCAGCUCCACUCCCUAAAGAUUAUGCUUUCACUUUCUUUGAUCCCAACGAUCCUGCUUGCCAAGAAAUCCUCUACGAUCCCAUCACUACUGUCCCGGAGCUGUUCGCCAUCAUCCGCCAAUGGGUUCCCCAGGUGCAGCACAAGAUCGACAUGAUUGGCAAUGAGAUCCUGAAGCGUGGAUGCCACGUCGAUGACCGGGAUGGGCUGACAGAUAUGACCCUCCUGCAUUAUGCAUGUAAAGCUGGUGCACACGGAGUGGGUGAUCCCGCCGCCGCCGUGCGCCUCUCUAACCAGCUGCUGGCUCUGGACGCAGAUGUGACGCUGCGCAGCCGCUGGACCAACAUGAAUGCCCUCCAUUACGCGGCAUACUUCGACGUUCCCGAGCUCAUCCGCAUCCUCCUCAAGGCCUCCAAGCCAAAAGUUCUCAACUCGACGUGCAGUGAUUUCAACCACGGAACUGCCUUACACAUUGCUGCUUCGAAUCUCUGUUUGGGGGCCGUGAAGUGUCUUCUGGAACAUGGGGCCAACCCCGCUGUCAGGAACAGCAAAGGGCAGGUCCCAGCUGACGUCGUGCCAGACCCCAUGGACAUGACGCUGGACAAGGCCGAGGCCGCCAUGAUCGCCAAGGAGCUGAAGCAGCUGCUGCUGGACGCCGUGCCUUUGAGUUGCAGCCUGCCCAAGGUCACCCUGCCAAACUACGACAACAUUCCUGGGAACCUCAUGCUUCUCUCUCUUGGCCUGAAGCUGGGGGACCGGGUCUUGGUGGAUGGGCAGAAGGUGGGCACCUUGCGUUUCUGUGGCACAACCGAGUUUGCCAGCGGCCAGUGGGUCGGCGUAGAGCUGGACAAGCCCGACGGCAAGAACGAUGGCAGCGUGGGGGGAAUCCGCUACUUCAUUUGCCCACCAAAGCAUGGGUUAUUCGCUUCAGUGUCCAAGAUCUCCAAAGCUGCUGACCAAACACCAUCGGUCACCUCCACCCCACGGACCCCCCGCAUGGAUUUUUCCCGCAUGACGGCCAAAGGGCGAAAGGAGAAGGACAAGGACCGGAAAGCUCUCAGAAAGAAAUCCUUAUCCGUCGGCAGCCUGGACCGCGAAGGACUGAAGAUCGACAUCGGGGAUCAGGUGCUGGUAGCCGGACAGAAGCAAGGAGUCAUUCGCUUCUAUGGGAAGACCGAUUUUGCCCCAGGCUACUGGUUUGGAAUUGAGCUGGACAAACCGACGGGGAAACACGAUGGCUCUGUUUUUGGGGUUCGCUACUUCACUUGUGCCCCGAAGCAUGGCGUUUUUGCCCCCCCAUCCAGGGUCCAGAGAAUCGGAGGUCCCAAAGAUCCCCAAGAUGGCACUUCCGGGAAGAAGGUGCACCAAGUCACCAGUAGUUUCACAGCCAAAGCGCAAUUUUACUACAGUCAGAUCUCCGAAAGACAUUACAUCGGAAAAUUCCCUCUCUAGGAUCCUAUUUUGUUGCUGGUUCCCGUGGAUGCUGCGUGCGGAAAUGCAGCCGUAGAGUUUCCCCUCCCCCUGCGCCCUCCUCUUCCUCCUCUUCCUCCGCUCUUCCUCUGCUCUCUCCACGUAAUCAAAGACUGCUCUUCGGAUCUGUCGCUCACCUCUCCUGCUCCCCUCCUCCAUCACCAUCCUAGUGAACCCAGUGCCUUGCUAGAUCACACAACCACCCCAGUAGAUCGUGAGAAACGCUAAACCCCUCCCGUUUGUCCCCCCAUUUUCUGAGCUGUGGCACCACCGGUCUCUUCUAGCACUUCUUUUGAGGAUCUGGCAAUGGCCAUUAGAGUCAUUUUCUACCGGGGGGUGGGAGUACCGGGGGUGGGGGUAGGAUGUCCCUUCAGUUAUGCUUGGGAGACCUGUCUUGGACCUUUCCCGCAGUCAGGAAAUGUGUAGUCCAGCUCUGAGAUCUUCACUGCAAAAUCCACAUUCACACAUCGUGAAUCCAGUUGGCUUCCUUGGACAACUGUUUGUCUGGGGUGGAAUAAGAUCUCCUGCCUUGGGCAGGGGGUUGGACUAGAAGACCUCUGAGGUCCCUUCCAGCCCUAGGGUUCUACGGUUCUAAAAUUGAGUCUGCAGGCUGAUCUUCCAGCCCUUUGAGUGACAGACAUGGAAACGCUUGUUUCUAAACCUGCUGGCGCAGGGAUUCUGGGAGUUGUAGUCCGCGCACAUUUUUCACGUUGCCAAGUUUGAAAAACACUGCCUUGGUCCAACGUAGACCACAAAUGCUCCAUUGAGGAGGGCUGUGAUCAAGGAUCACUCUGUUUGGUUGACCGGUUAGUAUCCUAGUCCCAAGCAGGUGGCUUGUUGAACGUCAAGCUAAGAUUCUCUCCAGAAUCACGGCUUGUUCUUCCAUGCCAAUGCAGACCUCACUAAAAGUCCUUGGCGUCUCCCUUCUAUCUUCCUCCUAAGCUUUGCUUAUCUUGUCUGUCGCCAACCAAACACUUUCAGAAGCCAGUCGCUUCUCGUCCGCCGAGUAGCAAACCUCUGCUGACUUUGGUGACUUAAUUCUUCUUAAUCAAGCGUGCCCAUGAAGGCGGAUUUGAACGCGGCUUGAAAUCCCCUCCCUAUUUUGCGACUAACGUGUGAGCAGGAUGGGCCCAGAGUGCCAAGGCCUUUGCCCACUGAUGCCGUACGUAGCCUCUCUCGUUAGCCGUCUUCCUUUCUAACCGAAAACCUCCGUUUUUGGAUGACUGACGCAACAAAACACCUUUAAGGAAACCUAGUGUGUGUUAGCAGCCCUGCUUAGCUUAUGUCUGUGCAAAUGAACAUACAGGGAGGGGUGUGUAGUGUUUGCGUGUCUCUCUGUGUGUAAAUACAGUACCAGAAGUCUGCUCUCUUUUUUGUUUUUUGUUUAAAAAGCAAAAGGCAGGGGAAGAUAUUAUAACUGAAUCUGAUCUUAAUCUUGCAUUUAUCAGCUACGGAACAUUAGAUCUUAAUCCAGAGUUGUUGUUUCCCCCCCCCACCGGCUGGGGAAUUCUGGGAGUUGAAACCCACCCGUCAAGUGGCUGAGUUGGAAAAAAACACUUGUCUUAAUCCAUUUUAGAAACAUGUCAGCCUUUUAUUUAUUGCUUCCUCUCUUAGUUGAACUGAACGUAGUUUCCACGGACUUUGGGGGAGGGCAAAAGGCCCAAAUGGUACAACUCGGGGGGUUGUACUGCGCCUGGAUUGCAGGGGUGAAGAACAAACUCCCGAUGCAAACUCAGAAAGCAGAAACGAGGUGCUGAUCGUAGAACGAUCCUCUAGGGAGAAAUGUUGAUGUUUCUCCAUUCGCUCUUGACUCGCGUUGAGGUUCUUGAGUCAUCUGCUUUGAAGCCGAGCCUGAAGUCUAGAAUUUUCUCCUGGCUUGGGAGGCAGGUCCCUCCCCUCCCUCUGGCCUUGAGCAAAUUGCUCACCUGGCCAUCCCUCUUCCAAAUUUCUUUUCUUUAUCACCUUGGUCAACCCACAAGAGAGAGAUGGGAAGAACCAUCUACUCAUUGACUAGAAACGGAGGUCAAGGUUGACCCUCUAUGCCUUCAAUCUUUGUGCUGUUGUGCAGAAAUCCAAGAAGGUUGGGCUUUGCAAGGACAGGUAUCCAGGGGCAAGGACACUGGACAACCUAUUCUCCAAAGCACCUGAGGGUAGGACAAGAAGGAAUGGAUGGAAAUGAAUCAAGGAGAGAAGCAACCUAAAACUAAGGAGGAAUUUCCUGACAAUUCCUACAGAGGUUGCAGAUGCCCCAUCACUGGAGGCUUUUAAAAAGAGACUGGACAGCCAUUUGUCUGGAAUGGCAUAGGAUAGGGGUGUACAACCUUGGCAAAUUUGGGAACUUAUGGCUAGCCAGGGAAUUCUGGGAGUUGAAGUCCACAGGUCUUAAAGUUACAAGGUUGAAUACCCUGGAACAGGGUCUCCUGCUUAAGCAGGAAGUUAGACUACAUGACCUCCAAGGUCCCUUCCAGCCCUAGGAUUCUAUGCUCUGUGCUCUGUGCUGUAUGAAUGCCCCUUUCAUAGGUGGGGCACUAAAACAUACAAUGAAUGGUUGCAGGAACAGGGUAUGACUAGCCCAAGAAAGAGAAGGACCAGGGGGUGACAUGGUAGCAGUCUUCCAGUAUUUGAGGGGUUGCCACAGAGAAGAGGGGGUCAGCCUAUUCUCCAAAGCUCCUGAAGGCAGGACAAGAAGCAACGGAUGGAAACUAAUCAAGGGGAGAUCCAACUUAGAACUAAGGAGAAAUUUCCUGAUAAUUAGAACAAUUAACCAGUGGAACAGCUUGCAACCAGAAGUUGUAGGUGCGUCAUCACUGGAGUCUUUGAAGAAGACACUGGACAGCCGUUUGUCCAGAAUGACAUAGGGUCUCCUACUUGAGCAGCAGCGGGUUGGACUAGAAGACCUCCAAGGUCGCUUCCAACUCCGUUAUUCUGGCCUUAUGGUAUAGCUGUUAAAAGACCACAAUAUUCCAUUUGGAAAAAUGGGGUGAACAUCAGAAGGGGAGAUGGUGUGGGCAUCUAUUUUUGGACUGAUUUUAAAAAAGGAAAAAUGAAGGGUGGCAUUCGGGCCACCAGAAGGAACCCCAAGCUGGGUGAAAUAUUGGGGACCUUUAUGUACAGAUAUAUAAAACGAUAUUUUAAAAUAACCCAAAUGGCUACAUCAAAUCUUCCAAUCCAUUUCAUCCCACAUCCUUCCCACGCUCAUUGUUGCCUUUUGUUGUGGGGAAUCUGAUCCUUGUGCCCUCCCCUCUCCAGUUUAGACCCUUCAUUCUCAUCGAAGUCCGAACCAGCUUUCCAUAAACUGGCUCUCCCCAAUAAAUUGGAAUCACAGUUCCCAACACUGCUGGAAAUUUAAAAUAAAAAAAUACCAGACCCAUCUUGGAAGAUGCCAGAUUAUAGAAAAACUGCUGGAAACAUUUCAAUUCACUUGUCCACCCUCUUGACACUGACUAGCAAUAAACAAACCUUUGGUUGACUUCAGUUUGACAUCGGGCACAAUCUUGGUUUGUGUCUCCCCUCUUCUGAACGGAGGGUAACCCCCUGCCCUGGAUAUUUAUCCACCAAGACUGGCCUAAACCCUCAAAAGGCACAGACCAGUCUGGAGAGCAAGACCUUCCGAUGGCUUUUCACAACUUUUCUUUCCGUAGAGCUCACGCAGGAUUGUGUUCUUCCUGCCUAGAUGUCACUUUCGUUUUUGUUUUUUUAAAUUUUUCCAAGAGAAAUAACUUUGUAAACUGUCAACGUGGGACAGCCUGCCGUGCCCGCUGCUAAACUCCCUGUGGACUCUUGCAUGGUUUCUGUCUUCCCUCCCUGCUCAUCCAGGCUCUCUGGAAGGAAAGAAAAUAAAAAUGAGCAUGACAAAAAAAAAAUCUCAGUAUGUUAUUGCUUAUCUGUUAUUAACAAAUUAAUAA